AUGGCCGACAUCGAGAAACAGCCUUAUGGAGAGCCCUCCACCUUCAAGGCUCCCGGCUCAACAGCUGAAGAUGUCCCUAUUCCUUCCAAUCCAAUGGUCAACGCCGACAAGCUGGCCCGCCGCUUGUCUGGUCGACAGGUGCAGAUGAUCGCCAUCGGCGGGACGAUCGGUACAGGUCUGUUCCUCGGAACGGGCGAGUCUCUCGCUAAGGGUGGGCCUGCGUCGAUGCUUAUUGCUUAUGCCAUCUGUGGUGGUAUUGUCUUCAUCACUAUGCUGUGCCUGGGUGAGAUGGCUGCGUUCAUGCCUGUUGCUGGAUCGUUCUGUACUUAUGCUGGUCGCUUUGUUGAUGAUGCGCUUGGUUUUGCUCUGACUUGGAAUUAUUGGUUUAAUGAUGCUGUUUCUACGGCUUCGGAUAUCAUUGCCUUGCAGCUCUUAUUGCAAUAUUGGACGGAUAAUUUCCCUGGUUGGGGAAUUAGUUUGAUUUUUUUAAUUGUCGUCAUUGCAUUGAAUGUCUUGUCCGUUAAGGUUUAUGGUGAGAUUGAAUACUGGUUGAGUUUACUCAAAGUAAUCACCAUCAUCAUCUUCAUCGUUCUCGGCAUAGCCGUAAACUGCGGCGGAAACACAGACCACCAAUACAUCGGCGGCAAAAACUGGCAUAUAGGCGACGCCCCCUUCGUCGGCGGUAUCGGCGGCUUCGCCUCAGUCUUCGUAACAGCCUCAUUCGCCUACGGCGGCACAGAAUCAAUCGCCAUCACAGCAGGAGAAACCAAAAGCCCCGCAAAGACCAUGCCAAAAGUCGUCCGCAACGUCUUCUGGCGCAUCAUCCUUUUCUACCUCCUCUCAAUCCUAAUCGUCGGUCUAAACGUCCCCUACAACUACCCCGGCCUCUCAGAAGGCGACACAAAAACAAGCCCCUUCACAAUCGUCUUCCAACAAGCCGGCUCAACAGUCGCAGGAAGCUUCAUCAACGCUGUCAUCAUGACAUCCGUCAUCUCAGCCGCGAACCACGCCCUCUUCGCCGGCUCCCGUCUCCUCUUCACCCUUGCCGUCGACGGCUACGCGCCCCGCUUCUUCGGUCAUCUCAACCGCUUCCACGUGCCCUGGGUAGCGGUCCUCGCUACAUCCGUCAUCAGCGGUCUCUGCUUUGGAGCUAGCUAUAUCGGCGCCGGCAAGCUCUGGUCCUGGCUGCAGAAUAUCGUCGGCGUCUCAAACCAGCUUUCGUGGAUUUGUAUCGGUCUUGCUUCAUUGCGGUUCCGGUCAGCUGUUCGUGCGCAGGGAAUUGAACAUCUCCUCCCAUUCAAGAACUGGACAUAUCCCUACGGUCCUAUCUUCGCGGUUGGAUUAAACAUUGUUCUUGUCCUUGUUCAGGGAUGGAACUGUUUCAGUCCGCAUUUCGAAGAUGUUGAUUUCGUCUCGUAUUAUAUCGAGAUCCCUAUUAUGAUUGUUAUGUUUCUGGCUUGGAAAUUGAUUAAGAGGACGAAGUUUGUGAGGAGGUCGCAGAUGGACCUUCUUACUGAUCGGUAUGAUCCGACUCAAGAGGAUGGAUAUGAUGAGCACGAAGGUCAGAUUACUGAGAAGCAAAGCGGUCUUUGGGCUAAGGCUCAGCGGUUCGGUCAGUGGGUGUUUUUCUAG